AUGGCAGACUCAUCAACACCAUUAACAGCACUCUGCAGCAUCUGUCACAGCGCACCGCCUAAAUACACUUGUCCCCGAGACGCCGUCCGCACCUGCAGUCUCGCCUGCUCACAAUCCCACAAACGUCGCGCCGCAUGCAGUGGCAUUCGCGACCCAGCCGCCUAUGUGUCUAAAUCCUCUCUUCAAACCGCCGGUGGCAUAGACCGCGACUACAACUUUCUCAGCGGGCUUGAGCGCAAUAUCGAUCGUGCCGACAAAGAGACUUCCGAACGUGGAGUCGCAUUGGAUGGAAAAGGCAAACCUGUGUUCCAGAAGAGAUGGCAUGACAAUGGUGCAUUGGGGAAAUAUUUGCGCGAACAUGGGAUUGUGGUGCAUAAAGCGCCGAUAGGGAUGGCGAGGCAAAAGGCGAAUCAGACGAGGUUUAUUCAGAAGAGCAAAAGGAUUGUUUGGAGUGUGGAGUGGGUUGUCGAGGGCGAGAAGAGAGUUGCCGAGGUUGAUGAGAGUAGGACGAUUGAAGAGGCGUACAAGGAGUUGGUGUUGGAGAAAGAGAGGGAGAAUAAGAAGAGGAAGAGGACACAUGAGGACGCUGGAGCAAAGACGCAAAAGCAGAAGGUGCAAACAGAGAAGUCUGACCUUGAGGAGUCGAAAACACAAUCUGUGGAAGGUGCGAUAACGCAAGCCGAACCUGCCACGGAAACAGAAGGAGCAACAACGAACGUGACUUCAACCGCACCUUCCAUAGACGAAAUCACAGCAGGAGACAGAUCCGAACAGCAACCGCAAACAACCGAAGUUGCCAAAACGACGCAGGAAACCACACACUUCUACCUCCAUAAACCACACACCUCAUCAACAAAUACUGUCCUCAUCCCGCUCGACCCGACUACCACAUUGACCACCGCCCUCCACCAAAAACACGUUCUUGAAUUUCCUACGAUAUACGCCUUUGCUUCCGAACCCUCCNNAACACAAACACCCGCCCUUGAGGGCCAGUCUAUAGAAGACACCGCGAAAUCAGUCCAAGAAACUGGACAUACUCUACCUAAAGGCUUCAUCACCGUUCAGCAAUACAACGAACAGCGAUCAGCCGAGGAUAAAGAGCUGAUAGGAUUGAUGGAGUCGAUUCCAGAGGGACAAAGAAAAAUUGCCUUGGAUGGUGGGAUCUUUGGCGGUAGUGAAGAGAAAGAGGAAACAGUGGACGAGAAACAGAUACUAGAGGUGCUACAACGAGACGCUGAUGCUCUAAAGCAGUAA